UCCACACCCUCCCAGGGAUGACACUCAAAGCCCUGGAGGAAGGGCCCUCCCCCACACAGGACCAGGGAGUGAUUGUCACUGCUACCAGAGUCAAGGGGCCUCUCCAGGUGCCACUCAGAGCCUGGGUCUUGCCGUGACUCUCAGAUGUCUAUUGCCAACCAAUAGGGGGAGAUCUCGGUGUUUGGGAAGGUCUAGGUGGAGGAGAGGCCUGUGUCUGGGGACACUUGGACAGGGAGCAGGACAUGAAGGAUCUGGGGGUGCUGGCUGGGUUCUGGAGGACCAGGUGAGAGUGACAGGGACAGGGGGCAGAACAUGCACAGGAAGCCAGCCACUCACCAGGCUGGGCUGAGAGCCAUAGCCAGGAGGUCAUAGACAAAAUCUCAGGGAGGGCUGGGAGAAGAUGAGGAGUAGGAGGCCAUAACAUGGUCACCCACUAGGACCCUGGGUUGGAGGGAGAACUGGGGAGGCCAGGGCAGGGAAGCAGCUGUAUCUUUGGGGGUCCUCCGGCAAUGGCCUGGUACUCCACAGAAGAGGAGUCUGGUUUGCUGCCUUCAAGAGCCUUUGGGAGUGGGCAUCCUCUCCCAGGGUCCCCUUGCAAGCAUCGGUCACACUUGCUAUUUAAUUCACAGCCCUAAAUUCACAUGCCCUUCAGGUGCCUAUGAUGAGCUUAUUCCUGCAGGGUCUUGUCGGGGUUCCGACUGGUCUGGGAUGGGCCAGUCUCUGAGAGCCAGCAGGGCCCCGAGUGUCCUCCCACAGUCAGCAACAGGGCCCUGCCUGGGGGUCAUUCUCUAGAGGGCCCACUGGGUCCUCCUGGGCAAAAUGCCACUUGGAGCCCAAGACCCCCAAGGCCAAUCUCAGGAACCUAGGACCCUAGAAUUUCUUGCCCACUUCCCACCCUAUUCAAGUCUUGUCUUUGGCAGGUCAGCUGCUCAGGACCCUCCUGGGAAGGAAGGCUGCCCCUACCGUCCCUGCUGUGCUACUGCCCUUGUUGUUCUUCCCUCAGCAGCCCUCCACGGGAAGCCUAAGGGAGAGACGCCCCAGAGGCUCUUCUGUCAGUCUGGCAGGGGUGGAAGGAGAGGGCUCUGAUGCCCUCUGUGUGUGCAGUCCUGGGCCUUCCCUGCCCUCCUGUGGGGCCCAUACAUGCCCCCUGGUGGGAGAGGCCUUUGUAGAGUGAGGUGGGCAGCUGCACUGGGCUCCUUCUGCCGUCCCCCACCUUCCCCCAGCUCUGUGACUGCUAGAUGGACUUCAGGCCCUUCCCAGACCCAACCUAUACCAGAGGAGAGGAGGUUGGAACUCUUCCCUAUGGACCAGAGGCAGAGGCCCCUACCCCCACACCCUGGGUCCACUCAGCCCAGUGCUUGGCAUCUGCACAAAGAAGUGGCCAAGCCCAAGGUGGGGUGCAGCACUGGCCUCUCUCAGAGCCAGGGGAGGCUGCAGAAUACCAUUUUGAGCCCUAUGGCAAGCAGAGAAGACCGAGCACUGACCAUGCGUGGGGAAGGCCAGCAGGCCUCACCAUCCCCCCUGCCUGCCCGCAUCCGUGAGAUCGUAGCCAGCAACCUGGGCGAGGAGCCACCUCAAGGGGUGCAGGAGCUGCCAGCCUCUGAGGCCCGGGUGCAGGAAGAGCAUGGGCUUCUACAGCAGGAGCUGACCCGGCUGGAGGAACUACUGGCCCAGACUGGUGCUGAGCGGGAUGAGCUGGCCAGCAAGUACCACGUGAUCAGUGAACGGCUGCAGGCCCGGCUGGAGACCACUGAGGCUCGGCUGCGAAGGUCAGAGCUAGAGCACAGCGUGGACUUGGAGGAGGCCCUUGGCCGUCUGGAGGCUGCUGAGGAGAGGAGCACGGGCCUCUCCCAGGUGAAUGCCCUCCUGCGGGAACAGCUGGAGCACAUGAAGAAGGCCAAUGAUGCGCUGGCCCGAGAGCUGGCCCGGACCACAGGCAGCGUGCUCCGCCUGCGCCGCCAGCUGGACCUGAGACCCUGGGCCCAGAGAGAGACCUGGGCAAGGGGCCCAAGGAGGCCCCAGGACUUCCUCCUCCUAUGGAAACAGGCCAUGGCGCUUCGAACGCACCUGGCUGAGCUGCGCACAGCCACCGAGAGGGGUCUCACUGACAUGCGGGCAGAUGUGGCCAGGACAGCCCAGUGUCUGCACAUGGCCUGCCUGAACCUUGACUCCAACCUGCAGCUGUCAGCCAGCAGCGCCACCAGCACCCUGGGGCAGCAGCUGCGGGACAAGGUUGGAGAGAUGCUGCAGCUGCAGAGCCGCUGGGAUGCAGAGAAGGUGGCGCUCCAGGCCAGACUCUCGGAGCAAACACUGCUGGUGGAGAAGCUCAUGGAGCAGAGUAGGCAGAAGGAGAAGACCAUCGCUUCCCUCAAUACAGAUGUUCAGAGGCUGGAAUCCCAGCGCAGUGGAGGCCAGGCAGCAGAGGACAGCUUGAGGAACGAAGUCCGGUCUCUGCGAUGCAUUUUGGCGAGCAUCACCAAGGAAGCCCAGGCAGACCUGGAGCUGGCCCGGAGCAGCAGCACUGAAGGGGAAGAGCCACAGAACCCAUGGAGAAGCCCCCCACGCACCAUGUCCCCUGCCAAGGAGGUGUCUCCACCACGGGCCCACCCCCGAGCUACCCUGGACCCCACACUGCAGUCUGUGCAGGCAGCCAUCAAGAGGCGGCAGCAGCGGGAGCAGGAGCUGCACCUGAAGCUGGAGUCAUCCCGGGCCGUGUCGGCCAGGCUCCGCAAGCAGCUGUCAGAGAGCCAGUGGGGGCUGCGAGCCUCACAGCAGCUCCUGCAGGAGUGGACCUGGGAGCGAGAGGCCCACAGGCUAGAGGUGCAGCACCGCCAGGCGUCCCCCAUGCUCCCAGGAAGGAAUGAGCACCCUAGCACAUGUGGCCUGAGGACAUCACCCCACCCUCAACCGGCCAUGCCCUCACAACUGCCAGCCCCACAAGGGACUCCACAUUUCUUCUGGCCACCUGCCCUGCCCGUGGGGCAGCCGCAGCUAAUGCUGAGGCAACCUCAUGCCCUUUGCCUUCUGGUCUUGGGCCUCAGUCAGGAGCGUCUGCAGCAGCUGGAGGAGAAGGUCUCGGCACUCAGAAGGGAGCUGGCGUGGGCCCAGGAGGCACUGAGCACAGCCCAGAUGCAGAGGGACAUCGUGGAGAGCGAGAGGGAGGGCCUGCGUGGGGCCUUGGCCCGGGCCGAGUCCAGCAACACUGACCUAGAACUGCUUGUGAGGCGGCUAAAGUCAGAGGGCGUGGAGCAAAGGGACUCCCUGGCCCAGAUGGCCACCCUGAUGGAAGGGUUUGCUCAAGACAAAGCCACCUUGAACCAGCUGGUCCUCCAGGUGGAGCAGCAGCGGGACCGUCUGCAGGAGCAGCUGAAGGUGCUAGAGCAGGAGAGGGCCAGUGCCCAGGAGCAGCUGGCACAGGCUGAGCAGCAGCUGGCGCAGGAGCGGGCUGAGCUCAGGGACCUGCAGCAGGCCCGCAGGCACAUGGAGCAGCAGCUGGAGCAGCUAGAGGGGCAGGUGGCCCUGCUCAGCCGUGAGAAGGCCCAGCUCCAGGAGCAAGUGGACCAGGUCACAUGCGGGAAGCAGGCCCUGGAGGAACAGCUGGCACAGAGCUUGCAGAACCAGGACGCCCAGUUGGACACUCUACAGAGAGUGCUGCAGGAAAAGGGUGCUCUAUCUGAGGAGCGGGCCCAGCUGCUGGCCACGCAGGAGGCCCUGGAGAGGCAGAGCCAGCUCGUGGCCAAGGAGGCAGCUAAUCUGAGGGUGGAGAGGGACUCCCUGGAGAGCAGCCUCUUUGAGGCCAAACAGAUGGCAAUGCAGCUGCAAGCUCGGCAGGAACAGCUGGUGGGAGAAGCCCAGAGAGCCCAGCUGGCUCAGCAGGCCUUGCAAGAGGAAAUGGAGCAGCUGAGAAGCAACCGGGAGGUCCAGGAGGAGCAGCUGCAGCAAGAUGUAGGGCGGCUUCUACAGCAGGUGGCACAACAGAAGCAGGAUGCGCAGAUGGCCCUUGAGAGCCAGGCUCUGGCCCACCAUGAGGACAUGGCACAGCUCCAGAGGGAGAAGGAAACCCUGAGUCUGACCCUGGCAGAAGAGAAAGAAGUGGCUGCAUACCGGCUGGAGCAGGAGAAGGAGCUGGUGGCAAGAAGUACAUCUGAGAGGGAUGCUCUGAAAGGGGAAAUUCAGAAAAUGAGGCAGGAGCAGGACAAGAGCCUCCAACGGGAGCAUAAGAUGCAACAGGCUCUGUCUUUGAAAGAAGCUGAACUCAGCCUGCUGAGCAAGGAGCUCUCCAGGACCUUCCAGGAGCUGGAGCAGGUGCGGGAGGAGGCCCAGAGCCGGCAGCAGCGAGCUGAGGCCACCAUCAGCAGCACCACGGAGGAGCUAAAGGUCCUGCAGGCUCAGUUCGAGGCUGCCAUCUGCACCCAUCAGAGGGAGGCCACGGCUCUGAGCCAGAAUCUCCGAGACAUGGCGGCCGAGAGAAGCCAUGUGGAGAGAGAGGCCGAGAAGCUGCGGGCACAACUGGAUGUGGCCCAGGAAGGGCUGGCCGUGCUGCGCCAGGAGCUGCAGGGUGCCCAGGAGAGCCAUGAGGGGCUGCGCAGGGAGGCCCAGGAGGCCCGCCAGGCGUUGGGUGAUGAGGCCCGGGAGCAGGACGUGCUGUGGCACUCCAACAGUGAGCUGCGGGCAGCCCUCCGCAGGGCGGAGCAGGAGAAGGCCAGUUUUAAGCGGUCCCUGGAGGAAAAGGAGCAGAGGCUGCUUGUUCUGGAAGAGGCCAGUGUGGCCGCGCAGCGAGAGGCUGGGAUGCUGAGGGCCAGCCUGCGGGAGCUGGAGCGAGCUCGGGGGAACACCCACCGGGAACUCCAGGAGCGCCGCAGACAGGUGAGGACCCUGGAGACUGAGAACCAGAGGAAGACCCAAGAACUGAACCAGCUGCAGGCCCAGUGUGCCCACGAAGCACAGCGGUGGCAGCAGAGUGCACAGGAGGCCCUGGAGCUGCAGAGAUGGGCGGUUGCCACGGAGGCUGCCCUGGAGGGUGCCCGGAAGGAGAUCCUGAGGCUGCGGCAGAAGUUGGCAGAGAUGGAGGCCACAGAGGAGGCCCGGGGACAGCGGUUUCAGGAACACGUCAGAGAGAGCCAGGAGGCCCAGCAGACCCUCCAGACUAAACUCCACAGUGUCACAAGGAAGCUGCAGCAGACCAGCAGCAUGGCAAAUAGCCUCCAGACUCGCCUGGACGGGGCCUGUCACCGGAUUCGCAGCCUGGAGCAGGACCUGGCCCGGGCCCAGGGUGCAAGGAGGGAUGCAGAGGCCCAGCUGGACCGGAUGUGCUCUACGCUCCGCCGUGGCCUGGGGCUUCGGGGACAGAGCCCGUCGGCCUCCCCUGAGCCACCCAGCCCAAAAGCAGGCUCUGACAGCUCCUGGGCCCACCCUGGGCGGCAGGGUGCCAGCAUCCCCACCAGGCCUCACUCACCUACACCUGGAGACCUUGGACCAAAGGUCAUGGACACAGCAUCUGUGCGUGACGCCCUGGGGAACCUUGUCCAAAAGCUUUGGGAUGCCCAACGGGCCCGGGAUGAUUACUGUGCCCAGGCAGCCAGCCUGAGCCAACAGCUGAGCAAGGCCAAGAGCCAGUGUGCCCAAGCCCAGAGCUGUGUGGGGCAGCUGCAUACGGCCCUGGUCCAGGCAAAAGAAGGCUGGUGUCAGGCAGAGAGUGCUCUAAACAGUGCCCGGACAUCACGGGCCCUGCAGAAGGAGGCACCCCACAGGCUGAAGACCAAGCACCUGGCUGGUGUGCAGGCAGCUGGCCAGGAGAAGCUGCGGCUCCAGGUAGGACAAGCCGCGGAUGGGGACCUGGGACCAGGGACAGGGUUGCUCGGAGGCCCUCAUACCCCAGGAGGUGGCCACAGGGCAGAAGGCAGGAGGGAGGGUGUUCUGUGGGUUUCCAGGGGUUCAGAGCAGGAGGCAGAGGGUGAGCUGGGUGGGUCCCUGUGGAUAGAGGACAGGCUGGGCUGCGGUGGUGGCCUCGAGAUCCUCAGAGUGUGGGCACUGCUGCCUAGGGCUGUCCUGGCAGAGCUGUCUUCACUCGGUCCUAGCCCUCACUUUACAGACUGGGGAGACGGGGGCUUGGCCCUAGUGGCCAAGCCAGCGAGGGGAAGAGCCAAGGCCUCCAGCAGCAGGCACCAAGGGGGCACUGACCUGGCCUUGGGACUCUUUGUGGGGGUCACGUUCUGCUGCUCCAGGACCCAUUUCCGUGGCCCUCAGAUGCGGGGGGGUGGGGGUUGUGCAGGACAAACUCAGGUAAUGUCCCUACGUUCCAGGCUUUGUGAACAGAGGUGGCCUCUGGGUCUGCAGCUCUCUGGGCUACCCUGGGAACUCAGUAGAACAACAGUACAGACCCAAGCCCAGCUAAGGACACGCGCCCAGCAGCACAGCAGGGGGCCUCCAGGCAGGCGGGAGACCGGCGCCCGCCCAGCAUCACCCACAGACACCUCCUCACACCGUGUAUAGGGGCGCCGAUGUUAUCCCCCCACUGGCGCCUGAUCCCAGGCUUGGUGGCUCAAAGCGGCUCUCAGCAGCCUUAGACUCUUACCCACGCUUCCUCCCUUCCCUGUGCCCAGGCAUGCCAUAUCCGACCCACCAGCUCCUAGUACCAGGACCCAGGUUCUGGAGGCAAACUCCAUGGCCUAUGUCACGGGCUGGUGGGGAGCCUAGGGGUUGGGGAUGCCUACGCUGUAGAGCUGAUUAUGCAUGUUUUG